AUGGGUAAUAGCUGUAUGAGUUGUGGGGGUUGCUUCACUGGGGCAGGAUGUGUAAGUAGCAAGUCGAUAAUAAAAAACCAUGCCGAUGACAAAGCUCGAUUCAUCGCCCUAUUAGAAUCAGCGGCUGCACUCACUACACACCACGACAAUCACAUUAUACCCACCAUUUUGUCUGAAUUAUCAAAAAAUGUUUUUCCCUCGCAAACAGUUCUAAUUCAAGCCGUUGACGAACUUUCUCUAAUGGAUUUCCUGGAUUUAGCACGGUUGCUCUAUGACUACGGAAUUGUAGGAAAUCAUAUUGCUUGGGCCGGCGAAUAUUGUCACGGAGACGUUAAUCACCUACACAAAAUUUUGGGGAGUGACGAUGAGAAGGAAGGAAAAUUGCUUCUUUGUCGACAUUGUAAUGAUCAAGCUGAAAUGUUUGAACUGUUUAACCAGCUACCUUCAGGAUCGGUCGGAAGAACUAGUCUAGGUGACUAA